AUGGCGUCGGCCGCGGCGGCGGCCUCGAGCGCGGUGGAGCGUGGAGGCGCCCUGCCCGUGCGGAAGCGGCCCGUGGCGGCAGCGGCGGCGGGCGCCAGCGGCCUGGGUUUGGCCAGCAGUUCUGCCGCCGCAACGCCAGCUGCUGACAGGCAUGUGGCGCGUCGGAUCCAGGCUCCACCAGCGGCUGGCGGCAACGCGGUCCUUGGAUGGCCGCCGCCGCCGCCUGGAGCGGAGCCUUGGCAGGUCCGAGGCCACCAGCUGAUGAUGUGGCGCGUUGACGGUGAAACUGGUGAGUUCCUCUAUGGCACCACGUGCUUCAUGUGCGCGAGGACGCCCAAGAUGUGCUGGCGUGGACUCCGCGACGAGUGCGCAGGAGUCGCCGCCAGCCGAGCCCGCAAGGGCUCGAGGGCGCAGGCGCGCAACGACCUCGUGCGCGGCCUUCUGCCAGGGUCAGAGCCGAAGAAGGCCUUCGGAGCGUUCGUGGCGCCGACGGCGGAGCCGCUGGGCGGAGAAACUGGGGCUGGCGGCGGACGGCGACCAGGGCGCGAGCGCUGCCGCGAGCACCCGCGCGGCGCGGGAUGGCGAGGACGAGCGGCCAGCCAGGCGCCAGAGGACGCCCACGGCGGCCGCAGGCGGGGGCUCGGGCGCCAGCGAUGCCGACGGCGUCCUCAUCCUGCCUCUGGCCGAGGCGGUGGCUGUGGCCUACGGCUUCGCCUCGGCCGAGGAGGCGCGCGCCCGCGGGGCGGCGGCUCGCAUGGCGAGAGCGGCCGCAGCGGCGGCCGCGCGUGCGCAGCGCAGUAUUGCAUAUAA